AUGGAUAAAACGAAGUCCAAGCUGGCUGCUUUCUUUAAUGACGACGACGAAGACUCUUCGUUCCCACAAAAGGAGGUUGACGAUCAGAAGCGCUCCUUGUAUACGCAGGGCGCCGCCCGCAAGUCUAAGAGAGAGAAGGAGAAAGAGGCCGCGGAGGCCAAGCGCAAAGAGGAAGAAGAGAAUGCUGCGCGGGCGUACGCGGAGUUCCUCGACGAGUUCCAGGGCGAGCGCGUCGACAGGAAAAAGAGCGGGGCAGCGUUUGUGAAGGCGGGCCAGGAGGGCACCCAGUUGCCCCCUUCGCCGCCGGCACCGGCGCCGAAGCCGAAAGGCAAGCGUGCUAUGGACUCGUUCCUUGAGGAGAUCAAGAGAGAGCAGGCAGACCGGGAAGCGAGACUCUCAAGACAUGUAACGCAUGGGAGAUCCGUCACGUCCAUUGCAGCGUACGAAGGCCAGAGCGGCAGCAAAGAUCGCGGUGACCCUGAGACUUCAAACGUUUUCGUAGCAAAUCUCCCUCCUCAUGUCACUGAACAAAGUCUGGGCAUAUUCUUUGCUCGCGUGGGCCCGGUGGGAUCCGUUAAGAUUAUGUGGCCCCGAGGAGAUGCUACGGUUGGGCCUGGCGCUGACAUGACCACAACUCGGCGAACGAAGAACGCUGGACUCAGCGGCUUUGUAUCAUUCAUGAAGCGCAAAGAUGCUGAGGCUGCGUUGCGUGAACUAGAUGGUUUUGAUUGGGGCGGGUCCAUCCUCCGUGUGGGAUGGAGUAAAGCCGUGCCCAUGGCCGCGAAGCCACUCUAUGGUCACGAUCGAGGUCGAGGUCAAGAAGUAGAAGCCACUCUCGUGGACGUGACCGAGCUGAACAUCGUUCAUACUCCCGCUCUCGAUCACGCUCUCCUUGCCAUUGAAGCAGAUGAGACAUCGGAUCAAUUCAUUCGGCUCGUCGCUGCAGAAGUCAAGGGUCAUGACAUGGAAUAUGAAGACUCUUUGCGCGAACGCGAGAAGUCAAAUCCAAUAUACAGUUUCUUGAAAAGCGAGGCAAGGAUAUUUCUGCUAUGGAAAGACGGGAUCCCAUUGAGCCUCAGUUUGAGGACGACGUAUGUUGUCUCAUCGCUUCUCAAAAAUGUCAGCUCACAUGGGUCGCUGCAGGGAUAUAACUCUGUCUAUUCGACUGAUUCUGGAGAGGAGUCUGAGCGAGAGCGUGGCCGUAAGAACGAACUUGGCAAAUUGGCACGGCGAAGAUUCGAAGCUAUGCUUCGUGCUCUGACCGGAAGACGCGGAGAGAUUGCCCGCUGCAUGGCCUUCAGUCUCGAACAUGCUGAGGCAGCUGGAGAGGUUGCGGACAUCAUCAUAUCAUCUCUCGUUGUGGACGUCACACCGGUGCCACGCAAGGUAGCACGCCUACAUCUGAUCUGCGAUAUCUUGCACAAUUCCGCUGCCCCUCUCCCUAUGGCCUGGAAGUUCCGCCAGGAGUUCCAGUCACGGCUUGGUCUUGUGUUCGACCAUCUCUCCACGAUCUACCAUUCAUUCCCCGGACGUAUAACGGCGGAGACGUUUAAGAAGCAGAUCACUAGCGUCGUAGACAUCUGGGAGGAUUGGAUAGUGUUCCCGCCUGACUUCACUGCCGAGCUACGCGCACGGCUGGAGGGCUCGACUAUCCAGGAACCCACAAAAGAGGAGGAACAAGUUGUAAGCGAGGUGAAAGAGACUACCCCCGCGUUCACAGCCAAAUUCAAAACGAGUGCGUUCAAGCCGGCUGAAGAAGUAGCUGCCGUACUGCCAGUACCUGAUUCCGACGAUGGAGAACCCAUGGAUGUCGGGAGCGACGAUGAUGCCGCAUCGGCCGCUCCGAUCGACGACGUCGAUGGAGAGCCCAUUGAUGCUGAUAUAGAUGGCGAGCCCAUUGACGAUAUCGAUGGCGAACCUAUCGACAGCAUGGAUGGUGUUCCAAUGGUAGAUGACGACGUUGAUGGCGAACCUAUGGAGAAGGCCUAUGCAGAUGGCGAACCAAUGGACGACAUCGAUGGGGUACCUGCUGACAUCUAG